UGCACCAUGUCGGCUCUCAAUGAACGGCUUCUACGUCAUAUAUGGUGCACUAUAUGUCCAAUAGGGAGCGAGUCGGGAUUCAGCUGACGGUCCUAUUGUCUCGUUUCCUCUGGCUGUCCACUUGUCCACUUGACUUGCUUUGGCUCGGACUGGAUACACACAGCGCUAAUAAGAGCAGAGUAACGGCUUCUCCCAGCUCAGUGCUCCGUCUGCUUCAGCCGAGAGACCGAAAACAGAAGUUUACAUAAUGAGUUGUGCAGUUUUGGAGGCUUAAACCGAAGUGUUUUUUUCCCUCUCAAGACCGCACUUUAAAAAAAAAAAAAAAAACAGUUUGAACAACAUGGAGCAGAGAAAACUGAAUCUGACCAUCUAUGUACACGAAAGAUAACAGCUGAUUUCACUAGUAUUUAGAGUGUGUCGAUGAUGGGCUGGGAAGUACACAGCAUACAAAACACUUUCUGACAGCUGGGAAAUCACCAGAAACAAAUCUCCUCCCCUGUCCUCUGAUGCCACAAUGGCAAGUCUGGCUAUUAACGAAACUGGGCUGGAAAACUGCGGCAUCGAUGACUCCUUUAAGUACAACUUGUAUGGUGUAGUGUACACCAUCGCCUUUGUGUUGGGCCUCAUCACCAACUGUGCUUCACUCUUUGUUUUCUGCUGUCGUAUGAAGAUACGCAACGAGACCACUCUCUUCAUGACCAAUUUAGCAUUAUCUGACUUGAUAUUUGUAUUUACUCUGCCUUUUAAAAUCUACUAUAACAUCAGGCGCCACUGGCCUUUUGGCGAUGAGCUCUGCAAGAUCUCUGGGGGAGCCUUCAUCACGAACAUUUAUGGCAGCAUGCUCUUCCUUACCUGCAUCAGUGUAGACCGCUUUCUGGCCAUAGUUUACCCUUUUAGGUCACGCUCCAUCCGCACCCGUCGUAAUGCUGCCAUCGUAUGCGCUCUGAUCUGGUUGUUGAUCCUGGGUGGAGGCAUGUCUGUGACGUUCUUCUCUGCAACCAAUCAGGCCAAAACCAUCACCACUUGCUUUGAGGGCUUCUCCCAGAAAACCUGGAAGACCUACCUGUCCAAGAUCACCAUCUUCAUUGAGGUGGUGGGUUUCCUCAUUCCGUUGCUUAUCAAUCUGGUCUGUUCUUCCCUGGUGCUACGAACACUGCGUAAGCCAGCUACACUCUGUCAAAUUGGCACCAACAAGAAACGUGUAUUACGCAUGAUCGUUGUACAUUUAGCAAUCUUUAUUGUCUGCUUUGUGCCAUAUAACUCUGUUCUUUUCGUCUACGCUAUGGUGCGUACUCAAGCCUUGGUAAGCUGCUGGCUUGAACGAUUGGCACGAACUCUUUAUCCUAUAACACUCUGUGUGGCCACCCUUAACUGCUGCUUUGAUCCAGUGGUAUACUACUUCACUUCAGAGUCUUUUAAGAAGUCUCUGACCACAGGAAAAUGUCAAAUGAAGCAGGAAAGUAUCCCGCGCACUGAUGGACCUGUGUCUAGCAAAGACAACACAGAAACUGAAAAAGGAGGAGCUCAUACAGUGUCCAGCAAUGGAAAAGAACAGGUAACAGAGACUCAGUUUUGAGUUGGGGAAUAUACAACACAAGUAUCCACAUUUAAGAGGAGCUUUGCUAAGGUUUGUACCAAGGACUACAAAGGCGCUGAGGAUUUUGCUCAGCUAGACGAAGUGUUUAAUAUUUAAAUUUUUUGUCCAAAGCCUUUUACCCCUCAGGCUGAAUUUCAGUAUUUAAAUUUGAUUGUAAAGGUGCAACAGUGUUUAAUGUCUCCCAGUUAAGGGAAACAAUACAUGCUGAAUAAAGUGACUCCACACA